CGUUCUGGUCACAUCCCUUGCGCUCAGUAAAAUCAUCAGCAGAUUCAUUUGAUUUAUUGAGCUGUAUUUUUAUUUUACAUGUUCUUAUAAAGAGAAUGCUGCUUACCAAGGGAUGAAAGAGGAGUUUUCUGACGAAAACAAAAUUUGCGGUCGUUUUCGGAGGUGUGUGCCAUCGUGCCCCUGCACAUGUGAUCACGUUAUGGCUGCCUUUAAGGGGGUAUGGACUAAGGGUUUUUGGCGAGGUGUGUCUGCAGAGUUUUUGGCCAUGUUGAUAUUUGUGUUGUUCAGUCUGGGGUCCACUAUCAACUGGGCAGCAACCACAAGUGACAGCACUCCUCCUCCUCCUGACCUCGUUCUCAUCUCUCUCUGUUUUGGCUUGUCUAUAGCCACGCUCGUCCAGUGCUUCAGCCAAAUCAGCGGCGCUCACAUCAACCCGGCCGUCACGGUGGCCAUGGUGGCCACCCGCAAGCUGAGUCUGGCAAAGGGCAUUUUCUAUUUGGGAGCACAGUGUCUCGGGGCAAUCGUGGGAGCAGCUAUCCUGUAUGGUGUGACUCCUCCUGCUGUCAGAGGGAACUUAGGGGUCACCUCGGUCAGCACUCAUAUCUCUGCCGGUCAUGCCCUGGUGGUUGAACUCUUUAUCACGUUUGAGCUUGUCUUCACCAUCUUUGCCACCUGUGACCCAAAGCGCACUGACCUGAAGGGCUCAGCAGCACUGGCUAUCGGCCUGUCAGUGUGCAUCGGCCACCUGUUUGCUAUCCCCUACACUGGUGCCAGUAUGAAUCCUGCUCGCUCAUUUGGUCCUGCUGUCAUCACAGGACACUGGGAAAACCACUGGGUGUACUGGUUAGGUCCAUUAAUGGGAGGAGUCCUGGCAGCAGCUCUAUAUGAGUACCUGUUCUGUCCUGACCCGGAUCUGAAAAAACGCUAUGCCAGUGUCAUCUCUAGGACCUCCUUCCCAACUGCUCAGUACGAAGGCAUGGAGCCAGGCACUUUUUCCAGUGAACAAGCUCAGCUGAUGAUCAAGCAGCCUACGUUCACAGUAAUGGAUGUGGAGCGUGCUGAGAGAAAGGAGAGAGAGGCAGCCGGUGAGGUCCUGUCCUCUGUAUGACGAUUAAGGUGCACUGAGGAAGAAGAGCUGAGCUCUAUACACGACACCUCCAGCCAGCUCAAAGAGACCGAACUGAUAUAGACGUGUGUGUGUGUGUCUAUGUUAAGGGACCUGAAACACCAAGCAGAUAAUGAUUGCCUCACAUGUUCUGUAAAAAGUCACACUCAUUCAUACUGUACUGUACAGCUCAUGUUCUGUUUCAGCACGAAAGCAUGUAAUUAUCCACAGCAGGACGUCGAAGCAAUGUGAAUUUGUUAGCAAAAAUGGAAACUGAACGAUCCAGUAGCACAAGCCUUUGUUCCAAAUUACAUAGAACUGUGCAAAAUAGUAUGUUUAAAGAGAAUUCUUCCUGCUAGCACCAUUACCGACAGCGGUGAACCAUUACAACGCUUUGCUCUGCCUUUUUUUAUUUUAUUUUAUUUUAAAAUACACUACAGUACUGUGAAAAAGUCUAAUGCACCCUACAAACUAAAUUACAAAGUAAAAGAAGUCAUAGAUUUUUGUCUACAUUGUCAAUAAUUCAUAGUAAAAAACAUUUUAGAUUUCCAGCCAAAAUGAAAUGCUACAGAAAAUAUGUUUAUGUCAGCAAAGAAAGCAGCACAUUACCUAACAAAGCAGUUUUUAGCCAUAAUGAUGCUUGCUGUAAGUGUGACAGUGUCAAAGUCUCCAGAUCAACCGUGCUUGGUUUUGCAAGAUGCCCUGAAAAACCUACCAGCUAAUUUUUACUUAUAAAACAGCAGAAACUGUGAGACUAUGUUUUUUAAGCAAAGGGUCGUCACACCAAAUGUUGACCUUGUUCCAUUUAUUGCUGUUUACUUCUCUUUAAAGUGGUUUUUAUAUAGAAACACUACAUUUCGUGGCGGUAUUUUUGCCUUACAGCAUUUCUUUGCACAUCCCCAAGACUUUUGCACAGUACUGUAUAAGGCCAAAGGAGUAUGGGUACCUGACCAUCACACAACUAUAUGUGAUUUUUUUUGAACAUCCCAUUUCAGAUGUAAUUUUCUUUAUCCUUAUAUAAGCUCCACUCUUCUGAGAAGGCUUCCCAGUAGAUGUUGAAGCGUGGUUAUGUGACGAACCAUGUGUUCUUUGUGCACUGUGGCAAUGUCAUGGAAGAGCUUUGGGCCACUUUCUUUCAGUGAAGGGAAAUUGACAUUUUACAAUGUACAGUGUAGACAGAUAUCCAAUACAAUUGUGUGGAAGAACCACAUAUGGUUCUGUGAUAGGUUAUCUACAAACGUUUGGCCAUAUAGUGUAUCUACCUUUAGUGACUUUAAGUUUAAUUUAGGUUAAAUAUGUCAGGCUUGCUUUGGUUUCUCUUCUCCUGCAUUGGUAUACUAUGCUAAGUUAGAGCUUAGAAAGCCCAAAUAUGUGUGCACAAGUGAAAGAAUAAUCCAAACUGUGUGAGGAUAAAUGCUGAAGCAAUCUAGUAUAAAGGAUGAUAUAUGAUCAAGGAGGCCCAGAACAAUAACCCUGAGAACAUAUUGUAUGAGAAGUGGCAUAGCACAGGCCUACAUUCCACACUUCACUUGACCAUGUGGAAUAAUAGGUAUAAACUCAGCCUCAGGCAUGAUAUGGAAAUUUACAGCUGAACCAUUUUUACAGCCCAUAACUGAAACACCACAUUGCAUAUUUGGGCCAUACUGGUUCAGACUCAUUGUAUGUAUUCACCUACAUUUUAGCCAACUCAUACAGUGUGUACCUGAGUAAAAUUUGGCAAUUGUGUAUAGUAUGUCAGUAACCUGCCUCGUAUCUCAGAGGUUACGAUAUGAAACCAGGGAGCUGUUUCCUGUUUGUUGCCUUUAUAGAUCUUCUAUCCAAGGUCAGAUGCCUGACUUAUUGAUUUAUAUAUAUCUAGAACGUCUUGCUGUUGUCCUCCCACUGAGGUACAGAGUCAGCAUUUAAUGAAAAAAAUUAAUGGUUUGGACAGACUGUCCAACAAAAAAAUCACAAAUUUUACACACACACACACACACACACAGCACACACAUGCAUUUAUCAGAACUCAGAGCAUAGCCACUGAAAUAAUAUUCUUCUUGUACAGUGCUUUUACAAGAUAAUUAUAUAAAAAUAGACAAACGUGCCACUUUAAUAGGAACACCUGCAUAUUCAGAGGCUCACAAUGCAUAAAAUCAAGAACAGGAAUCUAGGGCUACAUUGGGCACAGGCAUACUGUAUCUGGACUGUAAAAAAUUUUUAAACAGAUCAGUUUUUGUGAACCGGUGCCCACUGUAGCUUCAGAUGUGGUAUUCUGCAUUAUGAUGUAGCUCAUCUGCCUUAAGAUUUGGCAUAAUGUGUCCUGAGAUGCUUUUCUGUGCACCACUUUUAUAAAAAAGUGACUACUGAGUACUGAGUUGCUGUCAGGUGUUUUGAGGUGAACAUUAACUGAAGCUCUUCACGUGUAUAUGCAUGAUUUUAUGCAUUGUGUUCUGACACAUGAUAGACUCCUAAUUUUAUAGAGAGGUACAUGUGUUCCUAUUAAAGUGGCCAUCCAUUCAUGUAUUCAGUGUGCUUUGGCUACGAGGUCCUGGUUACAGUGACCUCAUAGUCCAGUAACUGUAGUGGUCCAGUAACUGUAGUGAAUUCACACAUGCACCGAGUUUUACUUCCUCAGUGACACUCCCAAUGCCUUACUUUCUCUCGUGCUCUUUUCUACUCUUCCUCAUAGUAGGAGUUCAGGGUUAAGUAUGUCAUGUAGUACAUAUAGCUGUAGGUAUAAACCAUGGUCAUUUGGUGUGGUGACCAGUGAAUGAUUUAUGAUUUAUUAGUUACUAUAAUUUGUAUUCACAAUGAACUGUCAACUUAGUCUGUAUAUACAACUGUGGACAAAUCAUUGUACCUCUAUUUUGCAGCAAAAAGAAAUAUAUAUUUUUGUGAAGUCUACUAAACUAUUCAUUUCUUAACAUACACUUCUGACAUUUUUUACUUAUAGAAAUAAAGCAA